UUCUACUCGUCAGUUGUCAUUUUUCUCUCGCAUACCCGACAGCUUCGCUCUUAUCAAGCGAGGAAAGAGUCCCUAACACAGCCAAUUCCUUUAAUUUGUGGUAUCGAUAGUGGUAGCCAGUUCCUUCAAUCUUUGGUAGCCGUCAUAAACAGGUCAGAUCCAUCGCUUGCGGUAGGAUUCAAAAAGUACUUGCUCCUUGCUGGAUCUUCACCUCCUGUGCAGGUAAGCUGCUUUCAUGUUGCUUAUCAACAACAUGGUAUCAAACGAUCAAGCUUCGUUCGUGAGGGUUAG